UGUCGCCAUCCACAGGAGGAAAUACUUCUCUUCAGCUGAAUAUGGGCGAAGGCAAAUCCUAUGUGAUCGUUCCCCUCGCAGCAGCCGCACUUUUUGAUGGCCACAGACUGGUCCGAGUAAUCGUGUUGAAGUCGUUGUCGGUUCAGGUGUUCCAGCUACUGGUUGAACGACUCAGUGGCCUUGCACAGAGGCGCAUUUUCUAUAUCCCGUUCUCCCGUGCACUCUCUACUGACUCAUCGAAGGUGCAAAUGUAUCGUGACCUGAUGCAAGAAUACAUGGACGCCAAGGGCAUUUUGGUCGUGCAACCGGACUAUAUUCUGUCGUUCCAUUUAAUGGCUGUUGACCGUCAACUGUCCCCCAAGAAUCAUACCGCUCAAAAUAUGCUUCAGGCUCAGUUAUGGCUCGACGAUCACACACGCGACAUUCUGGAUGAAAGCGAUGAAAUUCUGCACGUCCGCUACCAGCUAGUAUACACUGUGGGUCUCCAAAUAUCGCUUCAAAGUCAUCCAGAAAGGUGGACGACGACACAACAAGUGUUGAGUCUGGUCGCGAAGCACGCCGCUCGGCUCAUGAACGAAUUUCACUCACGUUCAGAAGUGUCCAUUCGCGAGCACGGAGGGUUCCCUUUCGUUCGUGUUCUCCACCCGACAGUAGGCGAAGCAUUGGUCCAAUGGAUCGUAGACGAUGUCAUCGAUGGCGCGCUUGAAAAUAUCAGCUUCGAUCAAGCAUCUCUUCAAGUGAAGCAAGCAAUCCAUCAGUUCAUCGCAACUGAGAAGAUGUCCGACCGCAGUAUUAAUUUGGUGGAGGAUCGUUAUAGACAUACCACCGCCUGGCCCGGCCUUUUGAUCUUGCGUGGAUUGCUAGCAUAUGGUAUAUUGGUAUACGCCCUCAAAGAACGUCGCUGGCGCGUAGACUAUGGCCUUGCCCUAAAGCGAACCAUGUUAGCCGUCCCUUUUCGUGCUAAAGACAUGCCAUCGCUGCGGGCUGAGUUUGGCCAUCCGGAUGUUGCUAUCACCCUCACAUGCAUAUCGUACUAUUAUGCGGGUCUUACCCACGAGCAGCUGAUGUUAUGCUUCGAGCUUCUGCUGAAGCAGGAUAAUCCCACGCUCGAGUAUGAGUCCUGGGUGCUUGGGCUUCCGUCUGUCCCAGAAAGUUUGCACCACCUUAGCGGAAUCAAUACGGAAUCCGCAGAGCAGCUCCGAGAUCUUCAGGAAUUAUUUGCAUGCAACAAGGCAGUCAUAGAUUUCUACCUGUCUCGAGUGGUUUUUCCCAAGGAAGCGAAGGCAUUUCCAAAAAAGCUCACCUGCUCCGGGUGGGAUCUCGCUCAGGAAAAGAGACAUCUUACAACCGGCUUUUCUGGUACCAACGACAAUCGUUGUUUGUUACCAAGUUCAAUAAUCCAGCAUGACCUUGAUUACCAACGCAGCACGAAUGCCCGAGUCCUGGCGUUCCUUUUGCGCCCGGAGAACAACUACUACACAUGCAUACCGCCUGGCCAAAAGGUAUCACAUUUCAUCAAUGCCCUUAUCGCCCAAACCCCCGAGGUCCGCGUGCUCCUGGAUGUGGGGGCGCAGAUGCUAGAAUUGAAGAAUCAGGAAUUGGCCGAGACAUGGCUUCGAGUCAAGCGCGACGCCCAAGCUGCAGUCUUCGUGAAUGACGAUGAUGAAAUUGUUGUUGUCAGUCGAAAUGGGACAGUGGAACCCCUUGUGUCAUCCCCUUUUGCCCAGCAGCUUGACCAGUGCGUGAUAUAUCUGGACGACGCGCACACCAGAGGAACGGAUGUCAAACUUCCUUCUGGCUUCCGGGCUGCUGUUACGCUUGGUCCGAAAGUCACGAAAGACCGCCUGACGCAAGGAUGCAUGCGAAUGCGAAAGCUGGGCAAUGGACACUCAGUCAUGUUCUUCGCUCCAACGGAAGUUGACCGAGGCAUUCGUUCGGCGACACAGACCCUGCAUUCAUUCAAGCCAUGUCCAGCCUUGUCGACACUACUGCUGUAUUUCAUGAGCGCAAUCAGUGGGCGCAAACUGUUCUAGUCACACAUGACUUCGCUCGUACGGUGGGGACACUCUCUUCGUUUCAAAACGCAAAUGAUUAUCUGCGGCCAGUCAAUUGGGUUAUAUCCAGUAACGUUGGACACUCCCCACUGCUGGUGGUAUUGAGCCCGAACGAAGUGAAUACACUACCACCUGUCAUCCGCAGAAGCAAUGCAGUUCACCUAUGCAUCUAUACGCCUCGCACAACAAAAACAAUGCAGGCAUGCGACAACC